AUUUUUUUGUGCUUACUUAUAGAGUGCUUUCUAUUUCUUCUUAAAUAAAUACUUAGUAAGCUGUAUUUUGAGGAAAAGUAAAAAAUCAUGAGCAAAUAUUUAUAUUUGGCUAAUCCAUCACGCGCCAUCGAUAAAGUGUUUGGCGCCGUAGGUGGUGAUGGCGGCGAUGAUGGCGACGAUAAGGAAAAGGCAGAGGAGGAGGAGAGGGAGCGUCUGGAGGCCAUACGUGAGGCCGAAGAGCGACGAAAGGAGAAGCAUCGUAAGAUGGAAGAGGAGCGUGAAAAGAUGAGGCAAGAUAUUCGUGAUAAGUACAACAUCAAGAAAAAAGAGGAAGUUGUCGAAGCCAUGCCCCAAGAAGAACCCAAUCCGCUGAUGCGAAAGAAAAAGACGCCCGAAGAGUUGGCUGCCGAAGCGGAACAGGAAGAGCUGGACGAUUUUACAAAACUGAAAAAUCAAAUAGAAACGCAAGUAAAUGAGCUAAAAACUCAAAUAGAGGGAAAAUGUGUCAUGCAGUGAUAUGUCAUCAUAUGAUUAUGAAAACAAUAUUAUACCUACAUAUAUAAACAACAAAUAACACAAAUAAAUGAAGUAAUACACGCAAAAAGCAUAUAACAAAGAAAGGAAAGAAACAAAAACCUAUAUAUGUAUAAUAGAAAGUCAAUACUCAAUGAAUAUAUAGAAGUAAAAGCAACAAAACAAUACUUACUUAUAUACUCAAAUCAACAACUGCUGGGGAAGACAGGAGAAUGAAAAACAGAAAAACAGAAAAACAGAAACAAACAUGAAGAGACCCCGAAGACAUACAACCAAAAUGCUGAUACCAAAAUGAAGUUAUAUAUUAGCGUAUAAAUAUACACAUACAUACAUAUAACAUAGAUCAAAUGAAGAAAUGAAAAAAUUCCAUACUUAUAUACAACCAGCAAAACGAGACAAGGAGGCGAAGUAUAUAUACGAAGUAAUUGAAAUUAAAACAAAAUAUAUAUUAUAAAUUAAUUAAAAAGUCAUUAAAUAAAUUUGAG